AUGGCACACGGCUCUGUAAACGUCAAGGUUGCUCUUGUUGCGGGUACUGCUGCAGCCUUGGGGUUUGUUGCUGGCUUGCAUUUAGCUUGGACCCGCCUGUCACCGCGUGUGAGACGCAAGAUACGCCGCGAAAAAAACCACAAUGGCCAGGGGGGUAACGGGGAUGCCAGGACGACACCAAUAGGAGUUGUUUGCGAGUGUGGUGCCAUCAUUCAGGGCAAGUGCACCCCCGAGGAGAUUGCCAGACACAAAGCUUCCAACCGCCACAAGCGCAACAUGCUGCGGCAUAGCAGCAGGGAGGUUGUGGCGUGUGAGGAGGUGUCCGAGUACCGUGCGGCUGUUCUGUCGCUGGUGAGCUCAGAUGAUGUGGUCUUGGAGGUGGGUUCGCAUGUGGGCGGCACAACCAAGGUGAUCGCCUCUGUGGCUGGUCGGGUAGUUGGUGUGGACCAGCAGCCAGAACUCGUGGCGCAGGCCCGCCAGAACUAUCCGGACAUCCGGUUCGAGAACUUCGAUGCUUUCGACUCCACUAAACUGGUGGCUUUGGCCAGGUCCCUUGAUCCAGAACGCAUCACCAAGGUCUGCAUCGACAUCAGCGGAAGCCGCGAUUUGGCUACUGUAUUCAGAUUGAUGGACUUGGUUGACAAGACCAUCAGUCCGGACACGAUGCUUGUGAAGUCACAGGCGUUGAAGAAGAUGCUGCUGCGAGCACGCCUAUGGAUUGAGCAUCCUCUGAAUGCCAAAGUGCUUUGA